AUGUAUGAAUUACGAAUAAAAAUUGGAGAUAUAAUAGUGAAAGUAACCAAAAGGCUUGGUGACAUGUGCAUUGUUUACAAAACUUUAUUACUGAACACAAUGUUGAGCGCUUGUAGAGAUGGUGAUCCCUUUAUCAGGGCCUCAGCUCUAUCGAACUUGGCGGAAAUAGCUCUAGUUCUUCAUUACAGAAUUGGUUCAAUCAUUUUUGAGGUUUUGGUGUGCGUUGGAAGCAUUAUAGAAGCGGACAAGGCCGUUGAGUGUAGAAGAGCUGCUGUUAUGGUCAUUUCGAAUUUGCUUAAGGGCCUUGGCAAAGAGACAUUAGUUCAGUUGAAAGAGAAUCUGCUGCCACUAUACAAAACACUAAACAAACUGUACAAAGACGAAAACGAAGAUCACGUUGUUAGACUUCACGCGCAAAUUGCUCUCGAGGAGCUUAACGACGUUGUCCGUCAAUUUUUGUUCCCUAAAUUGAGCAUGGAGAUGCCCAUCACACUAUCAGAAGGGGCCAAGGAAAUAACUUACAAA